CUAGUUUGAAGUACUGGAGUUAACGUUUGUGCUGUGCUUGAAUCUUAGCAAAGUGUGCUUCUACUACACGGCGAAAGCUGAACACUAUCCGGAAUUUCUCGAGAAUAUACUACAGUGCAUCUUCCAGGCAUAUGUCUUCCUCGGACAACUCUAUUGCGUCUCAGAUUGAAGGGACGGACUUGAACAAUCUCUAUGGAUGCAUUGACAAAAUGAAUGUGCACGGCUUGAAUCUGACUGUCCCAGAGGACGCGCAAGCAGUCAUCAAGCCCUGGGACGAGCGCAACGACACCACGAAAUCGGCAGAGUCAGGUGUAGAUGAUCAGAUCAUCAUUCACGUCCCGUUCACUCAGAACGUCCGCGUCAGGUCCAUACUACUCAAACUCGGAAGAGGUGAAGUGGCGCCACGGCAUCUGCGUAUAUAUGCGAAUCACACGACUAUCGUGGAUUUCGCAGAAGCCGAAGAGGUCACCCCAAAUCUGAAUAUCAGCCUACUGGAAGGCGAGAUAGGUGUCACAGAAUAUCCACUGCGCAGCGCUGCAUUUGCAAAUGUGCACUCGUUGUCUCUGUUCUUUAGUGAAGCCGCAGGCGGCGAAUCGCUCACGGUAUACUUCAUCGGCUUCCGAGGAGACAACCGCUCUCAGCGGAGGGAGGCCACGCAGAAACUAGAAAUACCAGCUGCCAACGCGCCAGAUGCAACCCUAACUGACAGGCUGUCGGAGAAGACAGGUGGACAGCAGACAACCGCUCGAUGACGGUAUGCUGCCAGGUUGUGCGAGAAUAAUGAGGAAGCCUCGGGCGGUUUCACGAUACCAGCAUUCAGACAGCGUGUGGGGGGCGUGGUGCGUUGCAUAGAGGUGCAUGUAUGUGCAUGUGUGACGGCAUAAUACAACAGGGUUGUCCUUG